AACGAAACACAGACGGAGACUGACGGAAAAGUCAGUCAGUUUUUUCGCGACCGAGAGCAGAAAAGUCCACAACCACCAAGAAAACGGUCUUCGCGUUCGUCAUCAUCGCCAUCCCAAAACUCUGAAGAGAAAAAGGCAAAGUGAAACUUUUUCCAUCCUUUCGGACGAGUGUUUCGAGUAGUUUUCGGUUCGGAAUUCGUACGGAUCCGCGUUCCCGACGGUCGAAAUGCUACGGAAGUGUCUGGUUUGCAGCUAGGGGGUCCCGAUUUGGACGGAAAAUCGUGUGGGGGAAAAGUGCUAGUGUGAUUUUUUUUCUCGUCCGAGGUGUGAAGAGUGAAAAUCCCGUAAUAUUUGGUGUGAAACGACCUCACCUCACCUGGCUCUGCUCCGAGCGCCUUCUGGGGUGGAUUGUGCAAGAAGAGGGUGUUGGAAGUGCUCUUGAGGUCCGAAUAGUGGUAAAAAUGUAGAAAAAGCAAAUUCGGUUCCAGUUUGGUGGAAAUUCCCGGAAUCGGAUAGUAUCCGGAAGCGAAGGAGAUUGUGUGUACAUUGUGAUCAGCCCCUGCAGCCCCCCGCGUCGACACAUACGCAAAAAUGUUUACCAAAAAGUCCAACAUCGAUCUGAAGAAGUCGACGGCCAAGAUCCAGGACAGCAAAAAGGAUUCCACGGCUCGGCUGCGCCACCUGAAAACCAUCCUCGAGCACGUCGACAGCGAGGAAGCAAAGAAUCUGUUCGAAGCCAACUACAGCCAUGUCUACUACAUCCUCUACGACACAUUCGUCCAGGCCGAGGCUAAUCUCCGACAGCGAGAACUAUCGUUCCAUAUUGUUCACAAAACCCACCGAGAGGAACUGGACGGUUCCCUGUGGUUGCUGAGCAAGAUCCUGACCCUGCUACCGGAGUUGAUCGCCCGCCGUUGGCAGGUCCACUCGUUGGGCCGGAUCCUAGCCAAACUACUCCACUAUGGAAACAGUGUCAAACUGCGUCGGGAAGGUGUCCGUUAUUUCCUUCUGUGGUACCAAGCGCUCGGUGACAAUGCUCCGCCCUUCGUUGACGGCAUGUUCACCGAGCUGGUUCCGGGCCUUACCGUUCCGCAGAAAGGAAGAACGGGACCCCUCUCGUCCGAUUCGGAGUACAUCGCCACCUCGGACAUCCUGAACCAUCCGAACAUGAAGGGCGAACUUGGCGGAUCGGUAUUCCACGACACCGGUGCGCAUCCAGUAAAAUCGCCGGAGAUUCAGCCCUUAAUCCCUCCCAGCUCCAGCGAACGAACCGCGGCUCCCGAUCCGAGGGACGGCCUCGAAAUCCUGCUGGACUGCAUGGUCCAGUCCAGCGGUUGUCUCAAAUGGCGGGACAACAACCCCCAGAAACACAUCCGAACCCUGAACUUCCUGCUGACGAAGUUCCGAGAACAGUAUCUUCCCGUAUUCUGCCCCAACUUUGACUACUCCACCUCCAUCUACGAACCCAAGCUGGACCUUCCGGCCAUGCGUAACAUCUCCAAGCGCGAAGAAGUGAUGAGCUCCUGCAUUGUAGUCCUGGUCAUCUGGAUCGCCAAGUACACCCACGAGCGACACGUCAGCUCCAAGCUGGACAACCUGCAAAUCGACGAAGAAGUCGUCGGAGAAAGUGCGUCCCUCUUGUCCAAUCUACGCCACAUGGGUUACACCCAAACACAGCUGGUUCGCGACGUCCUUUACUCUAGCAGAGACACCAUCAACUUCGUUCACGAAAUCUACCGGCAAGCUUUCCUGAUGUCGUUCACCUCCAAGAGUCAGAUCGAAGCUAUGCGAAUCGCAAUAUCCGUCUACCGGGACUGGAUGAGCACGAUUCCUCCACCACCAUUCCUGCUGGAACCGGACACCAGCGAAGCAUCACUCUCCGGAAGUUCCGUAGACGUACAAAAUCCGGGGGCAAGGCCAACCAACCAACGACUCCGAACGGACUCCUAUCUAGGGGCAAUCUCCAAAGAAAACGUCAUCAUUCGUGCCGGGCUCCAAAACGUCCUGCAGGUUUUCGUGACCAAUGCGGUUAACGUAUUCAUGAUCAACACAGCGCACCUGAACAUACACUUCCAAUCCAAGACCAACAGCGACGGUUUUGCAACACCCCUCGACGAACAGACGGACAUCUGCAAACGGGUGCUAAACAUCUACCGAACGAUGGUCAUGAAGACCCGGAUGGAGGCUAAAACUUGGGAACAGCUCCUGCUCGUUCUGCUGCAGGUAACCUCGGUAAUCUUGCAGAACUCCCCACCGAACGCCAAGAAGAACAAUCUGGGUGGCCGCCUGGCACAACCCAUCUUCCAAACCCUCAUCGUGACCUGGAUCCGUGCUCACACCAACGUCGUCGUCAAUCCGGGCCUGUGGGACAAGUUCCUCAAGGUGUUGUCCUCGCUCACCCACCGCGAAGAACUGAUCGUCGAGUGGGACAAAACCAUGCAGACCUUGACUCGGGUUCUGGCCCGGCAAGUGUACAACAUAAACCUCUCGGAUUUGCCACUGGAUCGCCUGGCCGAACAAAAGGGCAAACGAAAGCGUGGAACGCCUUCCAACUGGACUCAGAACUCCUCCACGAGUCAGAGCGACAAACCGGACAAUAUCAUCGCUCAGUGCAUCAGCAAUGGAAAAUCGUCCGCCGAAGAGGCCGCAGGGGAUGAAAGUCGCGUUCACGGACAAGGUCACUCGAUAAGGUCGAUUCCUGGAACACCUUCACUAAACCGAAGCUACAGUGAAGGUAGUUUGGCCCCGUUCCGAAAGUCCCGAGCUCGACGGAGAAUUCGGAAUAAACACCAGGCACCGAAUUCGCAACAGCACGUGGCUGCGCUGCCGAUGAAUGUCGAACACUCGUUGAACCGCAUGCUAUCGAACGCUUCAGCAGGUGGGCUGAGCAUCAGCAAUGAAAACCUGGACAUCUCGAGGUUUUCACACUGCGACGAAUCGCUGGUGAUGGGUGUCCCGACACUGCGAAGAGCUCUGUCGUUGGACUCGAUCCGGCCUACGGCGAACAAACAUCGGGGAAACGUUGGAAACGAUACGGACAGCUAUCGGUGUGGAUCACGAAGUCCGUCUCCGACUGCGUCUAGUGGAAUUGAGAGCGGUUCAAUCAAGGAUUCGCCAAUGCAGAUCGACGUGCUGACGGCGGAUAGUUCCAGUAUCGAUACCCAGGAUGAGAAUAGCAACGUGUCGGCGGAUAGACGGUCUAUUUUGGCAGGCGGGACGGCUCGAGGUUGGCUUCCGGAUGUAGCAGCGGUAAUGUGGCGAAGAAUGCUGGGAGCUUUAGGGGACGUGAACAAGAUACUGAAUCCGAAGUUACACGCCCAGGUGUUCCAGUAUCUCGUGAACAUGACGGAGAGCUUGAUUAAAAUCCGGAUGAAUCAAGGCAUAUCUCUUGAUGGUCAGCCGAUUCCAGUUCCGUUGAAUCUAGUUCCACCGGUCGCUUUGGUAGCUCCUUGGUGCUACGGAGCACUCACCUUGGACGGACAGUACAGUCAAGGCAAGCUGUACGCCAUGCAGCUGUUAUGCACAAUCGUCAAGAGUGGAGCAUGCUUGGGGAACAACCAGUUUCCAUUGUUCUACCACGCUCUUCAUCAGGCCCUGUCCGGAGAAGAUCGUGCAAUGGCCUACACUGCGCUGCGUUACCUUGGCGGGCCUAGAUUCCUCAGUCUUCUCCUUCCCGGACACACACUGCUUCUCCUGGACCUAGUACACGCCGCGACCAUUGUCCUCACCUCUUCCGAAACGGGAUCCCAUGCUCCCAGGGCACAAGUAGCUGGUCUCCUUGGUUCCCUUCUUUGCUUCCCGAAAACCUCCCUUCCAGGCCCGGUCCUCCAACCCUCCGAACCUAACAUCGACCUGAUGGAAUGCCCAGAUCUUCAAGAGCACGUACUAAACAUUGUCCUCCGUUGCGCUCGUCGGGAACCUACGGCCAAAGCACGAUCCAUCGCCAUCGCAUCCCUAGGUCAGUGGAUCCUUCAAAAUCUCACAAAUCCGUCCAAUCAAUCCAAUGCUCAAUCGUCCACGACCGAGUCCUCCUUCAAGCAACGGUUUCCUCAGCAUCAUUCCAGCUCGCCGCACCAAUCCCGCGAAGACGUUGCCGUAAACCCACGGAUACGUGAAGCCUUUCAGGUGAUUCUCCAAGCGCUACAGUUCAAACACCGAACCAUCGCUCGACUUGCGUCUGAAACGCUGAAGCUUUGCGCCGAACAAGGUCACCGAAUCGAACGGAUAGAUCGUCUACCACAGCUCAUAAUUGACACCCUCUGCCUGUCCCUCGAAAUCCAGAACGUCCCCCAUCCCAAGGAUUCGGACAAAACCGUACUGACGUCCCUACUGUUGACCCUCGGAGAAUUCUGCAUGUCGUUCUCCGUGCAAACCCUUCAGCGACCCAAAGCCCCCGAAUCGGACGAACCAUUGAUCCAGGUGGUGUUCAAAGUUCUUUACAAGAUCGCCAUGGGUAUUCAUAACGGCGAGAGGAUCAAGCUGUUCACCACGGACGAAGACUUCGAUAUGACGAUCACCGUGGAUGACGUGCGAGAGCAGAGUGCAUCGAUGGAAGCUUCUUACCAGACGUCGGAGUCCGUCGCCAGCUGUCAGUCGGCAAUCCGGCUCUGUGCCAAAACCGUGGCAAUGCAUUUAAUCACAAAUCUGGGCCAUUUCCCGAUGGGAAUCGGCGCAACGAGGUUGAGUUCGCUGGUUGACGAGCAGGACGACCUGACGGGUGGAAGCACGACAACAUUGCAACGGGAGAACUCCGUGAUGAGUAAUAGAGAUUCAAUGGAUUUGGGAGCGUCCCAGGUACUAGCUUCGCCGAACUUGCAGCUGUUGAUGUUGAGUUCUGAAUUGGUGGCUAGCUUCAUUGAGUUGCCGGCGCUGAAGUUACCUGGAGGAGGGGCAACUGCUGGGUUGAUUACGGCAAACAGGCAGGUGAGACUGUUGCUCCGCGAUUUGAACGGUAAGGCCUGUUGGGACGCUUCGAUCUUGUACAAAGAACCAAGUCCUGCCGGGGAAGACACCAGUAGGCUAAUGAAAGACAACUCGCCAACUGCUGAAAAGCAUAACUCUACAUUCCAACUACGGGGCGGCAGUGGGUCUUCGCGGAUGUUCCCGGGAGUUGCCGCUUCGAUUGAUCCUAUGACUUCAACCGUGGGACUUCCAAUGGCUCCCCUCCGACACACGCUUCGGCAUCGACCCGUACAUCAGCUACCUGUGGCCAAGGAUUUGGCGCCGGAUUUGGAUCAACUGGAUGACCUGCUUCAGUACAUCGGCUACACUAGUCCUGAAUGUCUGGACGCCAACGGUUCUCCCUUGAAUACGGCUGGUCCGUCACCACUGGGACCUCCGCUGGAAGGCCAAACCAUAUCCAUCAUCCUGAACCAGCGGGCCAUCGAAACGGAGUACAUCGCCCGGCAGAAUGCCGCCGUUGGCCUGCUUGGGGAAUCUCCGGCGUACAGCUUUGGAGGUUCCGUGGGGUACACUUCGUUCAUCGAUGACAAUGCUCCACCGGCUGCGAUCGGUUCGAGCGGAACACUAGCGGCGGCAAACAGGUUCAACACUUCCCAGACCGGAAGUGAUCGGACCAGCGGAAGUUCCAACCUCGACGUGAAACCAUUCCAAUUCGGACGGAUCUUGUUCAGCCAACUUGGGCUUGCCGGUUGGGAACGACGCAAGCGGACUCAUCUGCUGCAGCGGACGGACAAGCUGCUCCGAGAGCUGCGUAACUUGGACAACCAAAAGUGCCGCGAAACGCACAAAAUGGCUGUGAUCUAUGUGGCCAACGGGCAAGAGGACAAGAACAGUAUCCUUCGGAAUUCCUGCGGGAGUAGCACGUAUGAGAUGUUCGUGUCCGCGCUGGGAUGGGAAGUUGAGCUGGAAUCUCACAACGGGUUCUUGGGAGGACUUCCGCGGCAGGGAUGCGGCCAGACGGCUCCGUACUACGCGACGCCUUUCCUGGAGGUGAUCUUCCACGUGUCGACGCGGAUGCCCUCGGACACUCCGGAGGCGAUUCUGAACAAGACCCGGCAUCUGGGAAACGAUGAGGUGCACAUUGUGUGGAGCGAGCAUAACCGGGACUACCGGAGAGAUAUCCUGCCGACGGAGUUCUGCGACGUACUGAUCGUGAUCUAUCCGCUGAAGAGUGGCCUUUUCCGGGUGACGGUCAACAAGAAACCGGACGUUCCGUGGUUCGGACCGCUAUCGGAUGAGGUUGUGGUUGGAGGUUCCUGUUUGGCCAGUUUGGUGCGAGCGUCGGCGAUCAACGCGAGUCGUGCCAAGAGGACUUCCCUGUCGCUGUACCAGCAGUAUUAUGAGGAGAGGAAUCGAUCGCUGGAUACGGUGGCAAUGCGGCACAAAGAGAACAACACAUUCGAAGACUUUACGGCGCGGAUAUUUAGUCCGAUUCCACCGCAGGGAACGGUUACCGGAGGAGCGAUGGCCAUGGGCGGUGUCGUAAGCGGUGGGUCGGCCCCGCUGGCGGCGGCACUGAUCGACCAUCACAGCCGAACAUCGUCGAAGACCUGGAUCCACCACCCGGAAAUGGUAGCCACGGCCCGUGAGGUCACCCAGCAGACGGUCAUGGCGUCGAGUGGAACCUCGCUGGAUCAGCCCUCGCCUCGACCGCUCCGCAAACUGCACCACACGUUCAAACCAAGCACCGUAGCGAAACAACCCCCGAAACUGUCGGCCGUUACGACGGUACCCACGGGUGGAACGGGUGGCAUUCCGACCACUCUGCCCCACCAUCACCAUCACUACCCGUCGAGUGCUGCCACCCCGCCGGAAAGCCCCACCCUGCCGGGUCGCACCAAGUUCAAAUGAGACUGGUGGUAGCUCCUGGCCAGUACCAGUAGCGAGGAAGACCUGUACCACACCACAGAUCCGGCUUCGGAUCACCUGCAGCAGCGGCAACCACUUGCUCCGGGAGGGCACCAUUCGCACCAGUAUCAACCGGUGCGGGGUGCCAUGGAAAAGGUUGGUAUCUCCGGUUGCUUCUGCGGCAAGUGAAAACCCGGUUCGUUGUAGCUUUAAAUCAUGCACAUACACAGAGACACACAUACAGACAGUCACAGACAGACAUACUUACAGAGUAAAGUAAUCAAAAAACAAGUAUCAAAACACUCGAUUGUGAGACAAGAUGGCGUCCAUUUAUUUUUUUUCUUUAUUAUUACUCAAACUUAACUUUAGUAACUUUAUUGAAACUGAUUUAUUGUCCUGUUUUUUGUUUGUUUUUAUAACUUUUUUUUUUAAGUUUCGUUGUAUUCUAUUUAAACCAUUAUAUUAUAAUAUCUAUUUGACGAGUUACAAAUAACACAUCCAUUAAGUUAGUUGGUAGCUUUAACAGAGACGAAAAAAAAAAACAAUAUUCUACGAAUAAAACAAAAAAGUUCUAGCACACUCCAAAAAGCAAAAACUCCACUUUAAAAAGUAUUGUAGGUUAAUGUGGUUGAAGCGAAAAUCUACCUAUUGUCCCUCCAAACGUGGAAUAAUUGUUUGUAUUUAUCACUUAUUGAGGUAAUCUGUUUUCCAUUCGUCCUAACGUCGUCGUCUCAUGCGAACAUUUGAAUGUUAUUUAUGAAAACAAAUAAUGAAAACGAUGAACGAAUUGAACCUCCAAUAGAUUGCGCUGUGCGUGCCCAUGAGUUUGAUUUUCAGGAUUUUGAAAUGUUCAAACCGUUGUAAAUAAAUAUCUGGAUUCCUCCAUCAAUUUUUAAGAAACUCUUCCUCAUGAAGAAUUCGGCAACUUUGUUGGGAAUUCUUGCGCUAUUUUCUUCAAAAACUCAUACCACAAAUUGUUUGUAAAGUGCCUGUGGCAUGUUUUUGGAAUACUUGGAACAGUUUUUUUUAAGAAUUUUUCUAGAAGUUCCUUUGGGAAUUGAUCCGGUAAAGUUUUAAAGAAUUCCUUCAGCAAUAUGUCUGGGGUUUCCUUCAGCUACUUAUUCAGGAAUCCCGUGGCAGUUUCUUCAAAAGUUUGUUGGGAAAUUCAAGAAAAUCUUCUGUUUUUUUCGGAAAUUCUCACGAAAAUUCUUUCGGGAAGUAUUUUGGCAAUUUAUUGAAUAAUUUUACGACUUUUUUUUGAGAAUUUUCCGGCCAUUUUUUCAAAGCUUCCUCCAGAAAGCGUAUUAAAAAAAAAAUGUCUUCAUUGAUUCUUUCUUAAUUAAGAAAUUCCCUAGACAAUUUCUUCCGGUAUUGCUCCGACCGGACAUAUCUUUAGAAAUUGAAACUCCUUCAAUAAUUUUCCUAGAAGUUCCUUUGGAGAUUGCUUAGGUAAAUUCUUGAAGAAUUCCUCCGGCAAUCUUUUUAGUUUUUCUUUCAACUUCUUAUUAAGGAAUUCCUUAGGCAAUAUCUUGAAGAUUUUUUUGAGAAAUUUAAAAAAAACUUCUACAUUUUAUUUCAGAAAUUCUUCCGGCAACUGCUUGAAGAUUGCCUGCAGCAUUUUCAUAAUUUUCUUCGGCAAUUUCUCCAGUAACUGUUCUCAAGAUUUCCUCUGAAGAAUUCUUUCAGCAGCAUGUCUAUUGAAUUUUCCAAUUAUUCUUUCAGAAGUACUUUGUAGGUAACCCAGACAACCAGUAAUCGUAAAAGAUGUUGCAUAAGAUGAUACAGUGGAGGCCAGAUGCGUGCAUGCCUCCAUUUAGACGCAUGUAAAAUGUACGCAUAUCGCCUCCAGUUUAUUAUCCUAUGCAACAUCGUAUACGAUCACUGGUUGACUGAAAAGUACUUUGGAAUGUAUUGAUUAAUUUUCCGAUUUUUUUUAGAAAUACCUACUAUUCUUUCAUAGCUUUUCCAAAAAAAAAUAUUGAAAAAAAUAUCUCCAUUAAUUCUUUUUUAAUUAAGAAAUUCCCUAAGGAAUUCUUUCCGGUAUUGCUCCGUCAAUUUAUUUAGAAAUUUCUUUAUCAAUUUCUCUAAAAGUUCCAUAGAAAAUUGCUUUUGCUAUAUUCUUGAAAAAUUCCUCCGGCAAUCUUUUUGGGGGUCCCUUUAGCUAUAUUUAUUCAGCAAUUCCUCAGGUAGUUUCUUCAAGAAUUUGUUAUACAAUUUCUUUAAAAUUCCUUCAAACUGUUGGCAACUGUUUGAAGUUGGUUUCCACCAUUUUUAUGAUUUCCUCCGGCAAUUUAUCUGGUAAUUAAUCUCUGGGGAUAUUUCCUACAAGAAUUCCUGAGGAAAAUUCAAAAAUAAUUUCUGAACGAGUUCUUUAAGAAAUAAAUGGGUAGAUUUAAAGAAGUGUUUGAAACAUGUCUAGUGGAACUCCUACAGCAAUACCUGAGGAAAUUAAUGGAUCAAUUUUUGCGGAAAUUCCUGGAGGAGUUCCUAGGAAAAUUCCUGCAGGAAUUCCUUCUGAAAUUCCAAAAGAAAAUCCUACAGUAAUUACUGAUGAAGUUUCUAAAGAAGUUUCUGGGAAAAUUCUUGAAAGAAUUUCAGGGAGAAUUUCUAGAGGAAUACAUACAUUUUUUGAGAAACUUCCCGAAAGAAUUCCUGGGCAAUCUCAGCAUUAAUUCCUUUUGAAAUUCCCAACGGAAAUAAUGAGGGAACUCAUGAAGGAAUCUCUGAGGAAUGCAAUGAAGGUAUUUCUGGGAAAAUUCUUGAGGAAAUUUUCGACAGACUUGUUGAAAGAAUUAUUGGAGGAGCUUCUGGUUGAUUGAGAGAAGAAUAGAAAGAGUUCUCAUGGGAAUUAUCAGAGAAACUCCUGAAUAACUAUCCGUUAAAAAUAUGGAAAAAUCCCUAACGAAAUUCCUUUGGAAAUUCCUAAAGGACUCCUGGGGGAAAAUUCUAGAAUAGUUCCUGAGGUAUUUCUGAAGCAAUUCCUGGGGAAAUUCCUGAUAGCAUUUCCUAUUGGAAAUCGUUGGGAAAUUUCUGGAGGAAUCUUCGAAGAAACCUUGAAGGAAUUUCUAGGAAAUUUCCGACAGAAUUUCUGAGAAAAUUUUGGAGGAGCUUCUGGGUGAAUUUUUGAAAGAAAUCCUGCGGAAAUUGCUGGAGAAAUCUGUAAAGAAUUCUUGUAGGUAUUUCUGGUAUAAUUUCUGAAGGAAUUCCUAAGAAAUUUCCUGGAGGAAUUUCUGAAAAACUUCCUGGAAGAAGGAAUGUCUACACUACACACGGUGUCUGUUUAGUGUCUAUGGUAGAAUAGUAUUAUAAUAAAAUGCCACAGUAUCGUGGAAGACCCCACGAAAUGAAAGUCAAGAGUUCAUUUCGUGCUAAAAGCGAAAUGUUCUGUCAGGGGUUUUUUUUUACGUAAAUUGUGGGUGAAAAGUGUUCACCAACAAGUAUUUCUUAGAAAUGUGUAUCUCUUUAGGUAUUCAUCCUACAAGAAUUCCAGAAAUCCUUCUAUCAAUCUUUUUGGAAAUUCCUCCGAUUUUUUUUUUCAGGAAGUACUUCGGCAAUUUAUUGAGAAAGUUUCUAAAAUUUUUUUUAAUUCUUCGGCAUUUUUUCAUGUAGAAAGUUCAUUGAAAAUAACUUUUCGAUUUCCUAGUCAUUCAGAAUUAUUCUUGGGUAUUCCCUAGCAAAGUCAUAUGAAAAUUCGCUUGGGAAUUUCUUCGUAAUUUUUUUCUGGGUAUUCAUCAGGAAUUUUUUUCUGGCAUUCUUCCGGCAAUUAUUCAGGAACUUCUAUUAUAUUUUUUCCUCCAAUUUCUCUAGAAAAUCUUAAAGAAUGUACAUGGCGAUUCCUUGAAUUUUUUACGCUAAUUCCACCAUUUUUUUAGAGUAUCCGACCGAAAAACUCUUUCGACAGUUUUUCAUGAAUACCUCAGGCAAUUUCUUGAAAAAUGCCACCGGAAUAUUCUCUUCCAAUUCAUAGAGGAUUUUUUGGCAAAUUCUGAACUAAUAUCUUCCGCAAUUCUUUUAGUUAUACCUUCGAAAAUUCCUUAAGUAAUUUCUUUGAAAAUUCUCUCAAAAAUUUCUUCGAAACUUCCUUUUGGAAUUCCUCAUGCAAUUUGUUGAAAAAUCACUUCUACAUUCUCAACAGCAUUCUUCUAGCAUAGUUUUGAGGAAUUAUUUCAGUAAAUCUUCAAGAAAUUCUUCUGCUGAUUCUUCUAAGUAUUUUUCUGAAGUUUAUGAUUUCUGAUAAUCGUUACGGCCAUUUCUUCAAAACUUCUUGGCAUCUAUUUUCAGAAAUUUCUUCCACAAUUCCUUUCUUCUUUCGAUUUAUUUGUCAAGAAUUUCUCUGGCAAUUUGUUUUAAAACCCUUUCCAACAGUUUCUUAAGGAAUUUCUCAGGCAAAAAGCUCCUCCGACAGCUUAUUUUGGUAAUGCUUUGACAAUUUCUGUUGGGAUUUCUCAGCAAAUACUGCUAGCAGUUUCUUCAAUGAUUUCUCCGGCAGUGUAUUCAACAACACUCUGGCAUUUGUGUUUCAAAAUUUCCUUAUUCCUAUUUCUACAAUUUAUCGAAGAAUCCGUCCCCUAUUUCAUAUUUCAUUUGAUAAUUUCUGCAACAUUUUUAGGUAUCCAGCAAUUCCAGAAGAGCUUCCAAGGCGAUUUCCAAAUGAAUUCCUGAAUCGAUGAAAUUGAAUAAAAAAUCUGCAGAAACUCCUAAAGGAGUUUUCGGAUCAUUUUCUAAAGGCUAUGUCUGAAGAAUUCCUGAAGGAGUUUCUCAAGCAUUUUUCCGAAGGAGUCAGCUAUAAAAGUUGCUGGAGGAAUUUCUAAGUAAAUUCUAAGACAUUAUGUUGUAAUAAUAUAUUGUAAAUAUGGCAUUUUUUCUAGAAAAGCUUCGGGAAUUCCUACAGCAAUAUCGGAAGAAAUUCUUUACCUGUCAUUUUUUUUCUCUGGCAAUUUGUUCAGGAUUUUCCCAGAAAUUCCCAUUUUUAAGGAAUUUAGGAAUCCGUCUGUUUCUUUAGGAAUGUCUCUGGCAAUGUCUUCUCACUACAGUGUCUUCAAUUCCUGUAUAAUGUAUUUACUGAAGGAAAUUCCGGAAUAGUUUUUCCAAAUUUUUGGAAAAAAAAUCUUUAGGAAUUCCUAAAAGAGUUUUUGGAUCAAUUUAUAAAGGUUAUGUCUAAAAAAUUUACAAGCAAUUUUCCGAAGGAGUCUGCUAAAAAAAAUUAGAGGAAUUUCCAAAUAAAUUACUGGAAGAAUUAAGUAAAAAAAAUGGAAUUAUGUAAGAAAAUAUCAAAAAAUUCUGUAAAAAAAAUGCCGGAGCAAAUCAUGGACGGAAUCUUAGAAUAAAUUCCCGUAAGAGUUCCUUAAGGAUUUCCCGGAGGACAUAUUCGCUUAGGAAUUUCUUCGGAAAUACCUUUAGGAGUUCCUCCGAUAAUUCCGUAGCAAAUUUCUCCGGUAAUUUAUGUAGUCAGACAUUGUGCAAUUUGUUCUAAAAUUCUUUCGGUAUUUUUUCGGGAAUUCCGUCAAUUCGAGAAUUAUUUUCCGAUGAAAUUCUUCCCCUGGUAUUUUUUCCAAGAGCUUUUCUGUUGAGCUUCUUGUUCAGGAUUUUCCAAGACAUUCCUCAAAUAGUUCCUUUACGAAGUCCUCCGUCAUUUUUUUAAGAAAUUUAGGGAUCCGUCAAUUCCUUUAGGAAUUUCUCUGACAAUGUCUUGAAGAAUUCCCACUGCAGUGUUUCCUUCCUUUGAAAAUAAUUUAACAAUUUUCUUCGGUAAUGUAAUUACUGAAGUAAAUUCUGGCAUAGUUUUCCCAAAUGAAUUCCGAAAAAUGAUUCCCAAAUGAAUUUCUCAAAUGCAAGUCUUUAUAAAAAAAAAGAAAUUUCAAAACAAAUCUUCAGAAAUCCGGAUCAAUUUCAAAAGGUUAUGUCCCAAGCAAUUUUGCGAAGAUAUCCUUUGAGAAAAUGUUAUUGGAAUUCUGUGGAAAACUACCAGAGAAUUCAUAAAAAAAAACUGCCGGAGCAAAUCACACCGACAGAAUCUUUAAAAGGAUUCCCGGAAGAGUCCUUUAAGGAUUUCUCGGAGGAAUUCCUUCAAAAAUUUUGGCAUUGCAUAGAAAGUUCUCGGGAAGUUCGCUUUGAAAUUUUUUCAGAGCGAACUUCAGACAAUCCCUUAGAAAAUUCCUACUGCAAUUCCUGGAAGUUUUUUUUUUGUUCAGGAUUUUCACAAAAAAUCUUCAGACAAUUCCUUAACGAAGUCCCCCGUCAUUUUUUUUAGAAAUUUUGGAAUCCUUCAAUUUUUUUGGGAACUUCUCUGGCAAUGCUUUAAGAAUUCCCCUGACAGUGCGUUUAAUUGCAUUGAAAAUGAUGUCUUCAUUUGCUUCGGUAAUGUAAUUACUGAAGGAAUUUGUCAAAUGAAUUCCGGAAGAUGUUUCCCAAAUGAAUUCAUAAAAGAUUUGCUGAUGAAAUAAAAAAAAACGGAAUUCAAGAAACCGACAAAUUCUUCCACUAAUUGUUCCCAACGAUCUUUUUUUAUGAACUUUCCAGGCAAAAACUUCUGUAAUUAUCCAGCAAUUUUUUUUCAGGGAUUUCUUAGAAAUUUUCUUUAGGAUUUUUACGACGACUUUUUCUUAGGCAUUUUACCUAUGACUUCCUUCUGCAUUUUUUUACAAAAAUACUUUCAAAAAUUCCUUGAGCAAUUCUUCUGGUAAUUUCUUGAGAGUUUCUUCCAGAUAUUCCUCUGGUAUCUCUCCAGCAAAAUCUAGGACAUUUUUUAGGAAUUAGGAAUCCGACCAAUUCUUUCGGAAUUUUUCUAGAAAUUUCAUAAGGAAUUCUUUCUGAAACUUCAUAAGAAAUUCCCCGAUGAUUUCUUCAUCAAUUCUGCCGGAAAUUCGUUAAAGAAAAGCUCAAGGUAUUGGCGAAGAAGUUUGCAAAUAAAUAAAAAAAAAUCAAAGGAAUUCCAAAAAAAAAAUUGUGAGAGAAAAAAAACCGAAGCAGUUUUUAAGCAAAUAUAGCUCAUUCAUUUGGAAGCAUUGAAACGUGUUCGUGUGAAUUCCUAAAAGAAUUGCUUUCUGUGAAUUUUCAUCUUCAAUUUCAUACAAAUCUAUUGAAAACUCAAUAUAUCGAUGUUUGAAUAUUCAGAAAUCCUUUAAAUCAAACGAUAAAUACGCAAAAGUUAAACUCACGUUAUUCUCUUUCUAAUUGAAUUAAAACACACCUAGAUAAGGACUAUUAAUAUAUUGAGAUAAGUAACAGAAGAUGAAAAGAAAAUGCAAAAUCACUAUUUAAUUCAAAGAGAAGAAAGAAUCAUAGGCCGCAACUGAGAAAUAAAAAAAAAACGUGGUGACUGGAAGAUUUUGUACCAGCCGUUGUUAUUUGUACUAUUAAAUGCUGCUAGUAGGUAUAGCCGAAACCGAAACUGAACAGGAGAAAAGUAGACCUUUUUGAUAAAGAAUCCUUGACGCAAGCGCGAGCUCGAUUGAACAGAGAAGAAAAAAAAACUAGACAGAACUGAGUAGGUAUUUUUGGCUUUCAUGUUUUUUACCAAAUUCUUACACGUUUUUGCUAUAGGAAAAAAGUGAAUAAAGCAGCUAAAACAUAACCCUAUACAAUUGCUACAUCUAAAAAAGUUUUCAAAAGAGAUUCCGAUUUACCUACCAUACAUACUACAGCAGUUUGUAAUUUGUUAACACACUUCCCAAGAAAAAAAAAUCGUUGAAAAACAAAAUCAGAAAAAAAAUCUAAAACUGAAAUAAAACAGCAAAAUGGUUCCCAUCGUCAGGCUGAAUGAAA